AUGUCAAUGGAAACAGAAGUCCUUGUUCAAGGCAGAUACGGACUGCAUGCCAAAGAAAAUGAGUCUGAAGACUAUUCGAAGUAUAAUACGCUCGUUGCUAGUGCCUUCGGAUAUACCGCCGAGGAGCUCUCCUCACUUCCAUUGACUGCAAAUCUUGGGCUCUCCUGUGGUAAUCCUCUUACUAUAGCCCAUAUCAAACCAGGUGAAACAACGAUCGACCUCGGAUCUGGUGGGGGGCUCGACGUAUUUUUGGCCGCCAAGAAGGUCGGUCCAACAGGAAAAUCAAUUGGUAUCGACAUGACAGAUGAGAUGAUUGACCUGGCACGCCGAAAUGCUGAAAAUGAUGGUUAUGCAAACGUUGAAUUUAUCAAAUCAAAUAUCAUCUCCAUCCCCAUCCCUUCCUCAACUGCACAUGUCAUCAUGUCCAACUGCGUGAUUAACCUUGUCCCGGAAGUACAGAAACCACUCGUCUUCUGUGAAAUUUUCCGGCUUCUUGUUCCAGGUGGACGUGUCUCCAUCUCCGACAUCCUAGCAAAACGACCGCUUCCCGAGGAAAUCAAAGAAGAUGCUAGUUUGUAUAUAGGCUGUGUGAGUGGUGCAAGUUUGGUUACAGAGUACGAUCAAUGGAUGAGAGACGCUGGGUUUUCUGAUAUUACGAUUGUAAACACCAACAAGGACCUGAAUAUUUACAAGGAUGGGAUAUUGCAAGUCGGCUCUGAUAGUAAUAGUGGGAAUACUCCCAAGAACUCGGCGAUAGCUGGAUGCUGUGCUACAACGCAGAAAAUCUCAACUUGUGCCACCGAUGAGAAGUCUGGAGUUAAAGGAUGUUGCGCUUCGACGAGUACAAAAGUCGGCCCAGUGGAUAACAAGAAGGAAAUGAUUCGAGACAUCAACCUCAAUGAGUUUGUUGGUUCUUAUCAGAUAUACGCUGUAAAGCCAGUCAAUAUUCAAUCUGCAUAGUUUACCACCGUAAUAAAGAAUGA